GGGCUAUGCCGGAAGUGAUGCUAUGCCUCCUAGCGGCUAGCUUACCGAUCGUAGCUAAAGCACACAAUCACUUCUGAAGGACGGAAAGAAACGUAGUCGUUGUCCGGAACCGUUUUCUCCCUUUUGUGUCUUUUUAGCGCCGUAAGGUGAACCCAGCAGACUGAGAGCGCAGGAAAGCGUUUUGGUCAUGUCGGGGCAGAAGAAAGGCGUUGCGACGCGGCAACAGAAGUGUGCCUUCUGCAGAACCAGCCGGGACAAAGAGUGCGGCCAGCUCCUGGUGUCUGACAGCCAGAAGGUGGCAGCCCACCACAAGUGCAUGCUUUUCUCCUCAGCUUUGGUCACGUCGCACGCAGACAGUGACAACAUCGGAGGCUUUUCCAUUGAAGAUGUUAAAAAAGAGAUCAAGAGGGGAAAUAAAUUGAUGUGUUCGUCAUGUCACCGACCGGGCGCCACCAUCGGCUGCGACGUCAAAACCUGCAGAAGGACGUAUCACUACUAUUGCGCCAUGAAGGACAAAGCCCAGAUCAAGGAGAACCCCUCACAAGGGAUUUACCUCGUUUACUGUCGCAAACAUCGGGAUGCUGCUCUGGACGACGUUGAAGACGAAGAAGAAGAAGGAGAUGUGGCCAACGACUCGGACUCCUCGCCUCCACAAAGCAGAGGCAGAGGGAGGUUAGAGAAGGCCCGGGCCAAGGUCGCCUCUCGCGGCCAGUCAGAAGAAAGUCGCUCCGCCUCCUCGCAAGCUGCAGACGAGGACAGCUCCUCGCACCGGGACAGGUCCCCUCUCCGGAGCAGCCCGGCAGACAGCGGCCAGCGCUGCGGGUUCUGCCACGCCGGCGAGGAGGAGAACGAAACGAGAGGAAUGCUGCACUCGGACAACUCCAAGAAAGUGGCCGCUCACUACAAGUGCAUGCUCUUUUCCUCGGGGACGGUACAGCUAACCACGACAUCGCGAGCAGAAUUUGGUAACUUUGAUGUGAAAACGGUCAUCCAAGAAAUCAAGAGGGGCAAAAGAAUGAAGUGCACAUUGUGCGGUCAGUUGGGCGCCACCAUCGGAUGUGAAAUCAAGGCGUGCGUGAAGACCUACCACUAUCACUGCGGCCUGCAGGACAAGGCCAAGUACAUCGAAAACAUGGCCCGCGGCAUCUACAAACUUUAUUGUAAGAACCACAGCGGCAAUGAGGAGCGGGACGAAGAAGACGAAGAGCGGGAGAACCGCAGUCGAGAGAGGGCAGCGAUCGAUCACGGAGGAACGCCGUCCACACAAGUGAACGGCAACUAGGUUGGGUCCAAGAGGUUUGAUGAGGAGGAAAACAGAAGACGACAGGAGUGAUAUUUUUUUAUACCAAAUCUUAGCCUCCUCACGCGGUUUAGGAGCUCCCUCAAAGACUUUUCUUCCAGUGGUUGGACGUAAUGUUCCAAUGUACACCAGAUGUUGUCUUUAUAUGAAACCCUGCUUUAAAGCUUUUCACAGACCAGUGCUUCUGUUGGGCUCCGGAGGGCCUCAGCCUCAUGGAAAUCCACCACUAAUCUCUCCAGAUUGGGUUAAGGGCGCGGAUUAGCAAUGGACCGAUCUCUGUAACUCACUGCCCACGUCCCCUCAGAUUACAGGAACCGCAGCUGCUGAAGGUCUCCGGAGGACUCACUUUGAAGAGGGGUUCAUUUGUUACUAGUCUCUAUGAAGUCGUGCAGUUUGAUUACCUUGUUUCUGUAAUCGUGUCUUAAUACUCUUUCAUGUUAGCCAUUCUUUCUUAUUCGACAUCUUUUGCUACGGCGUUAUCUUCAUGAGAACUUCUGACGGUCCGAGUUUGGAGCAGUCACGAGUUUUUGCCGGCAUGCUUCCCACCCACGGAGGUGGUGUUUUUCAUUUGGCUGCUGACAGGAAUCGCGGAGGCCUUUAGGGGCAGCCGGCUCCUCUCUGUUCUCAACAAAUGUAUCCAUGAAUGAUUUGAAUAGAAAAUAUUUUUAUUUUACA